AAAAAAUACCUAAUGGGCUCGAAGCUGUCGACGGUAGACGCUGCCGUGUUCAGUCAUCUGGCUCCGGCCAUGUGGACGCUGCCGGGGUCACGACCCGAGCAGCUCAUCAAAGGUGAGCUCAUCAACCUGGCCAUGUACUGCGAGCGCAUCCGCCGGCGGUUCUGGCCCGAGUGGUUCGUGGACCUGGAGGACUUCCGCUACAGCGACGCCACGGAGAGCGUCGACUCGGCCUCCAAGCUCCCCGACCUGGGCCUCUACUCGCGGACCGACACCUUCCAGGACGACACCCACUCGCACACCUCGCCCCGAGACCCGCCGUCGCCCGACAGCGACCCGACGGGCCUCUCGCUGUACGACUCGGACAUGGACACGGAGUGCUCUGAAAUAGACCAGCUCAAGUGUUGACGACACACACACACACAUAGUACACAACACAUAGACACACCACAGGAGGGCGCCCCCUACCUCUCAGAGCAGAAAUGACCCGGUUUCUGGCGUGGAAGAGGGUUAACUCGCAAACUGCGGUGGAGGAAAAAACGGCAGCAGAAGGAAAAGGAAGUAGAGCGGGAAGAAAGUUGUGAAACCAGGAGUGCAUGACGCCGUGGCCGAGAAACUCCUCCACGUUUGUCACCUGCAGUCACCCUGUACCUGUUGUCGUGUCGCUGUAGCCAUGGCAACCACAACCGUUUGUGCACGCCCCCUGCUGUCCGUCGUGGCGACUCGCACCGAGCAUCGCGUGUGUUCGAUCGGGAUGGGAUUCAUGCGAAUGAAUACGGCUCAGUGUAAAUAUAUAAUCUGAUUUGUCAGAUUUAACAGAUAGAAUAUUUGAUUAAAUAUAAAUAUACGAGUAUAAAUAGUAUAGAUAGGAUGGAAGUAUAUCUCCUGUGUCAUACGGUGUAAAUACUGUCGGUGUUGGACUCAAUCUGUCGUGUUUUAGUCUCCAUGAUUCGCCGCUAUCUGUUUACACGACGGGGACGUUCCAGUAAUGCCUGCUGCCCGCAUUUAAGUAGUGAAACUGAACAUAGAAGAUCUUCCAGCACUUUUAAAACUCAUCUUUUUGUCUUAUGAAGACAAUUAUUUUGCCAAAAAAGAAAAAAAAACUCCCCACAUCUUAGAGUACCGAGGCUCCGGUGAUAGUAGCUUGAGACAUUUCACAGCGUUGAGAGCGAGUCGAACAAUCGCGUAGACGUAGUAGAUAAGUAGCGUGAAUGAACGUGCAUGGCUGGUACGUGCCCACGAAGACGUCCCUUUAUAUGAACUCGUCCACAUUUCUUCUUCGCUGCAGCUCGUUUGUUUCUGGAUGAACAGGAAGAUGUAGCCAGAGGAUGUUUAAAAAAAGGAUUUGAGUUUUUUUUUUUCUCGACAGAUCGCUCGGAAAGCAAUAAGAGAGCAGCUUCACUCUGGUUUGGUUUAGGUUUAGAAAGGUUUUAAUGUUUGUUUGUGGCUCAACGUUUCGGCUGCUAAAAAGUAGAAUAUAAGUGCGUUAAUGAGGCUUCACAGCUGUUCAGGUAGAAACGGUGAUCGCUCUGAUGCUGCUUCUUAUUUAAGGUGCAGAAAAUCCACAGCAGCGUCUUCACAGAGUCAGACUGAUGAUUGGUUCACUUAAAGGCCUGAUCACACGUGUUUUUGAUUGAUCGCAGGGGGGAAGAACCAUGUGCAUGUUGCUGUAGAUGAACUAAACUCUCCACCUGCAGCCUUAUUAGCCUCAGUCAACAUGAAAAGUUGGUAUUUGUGUCGUAUUAAAUCACUGCAAACUGGCUGUUUUCCACUGAAAUGCUAAAACAAGGGUGUUAACAAGUAGUUUGUUCCUCCUGUCGCCAAAGAAAAUGGUUUAAUCCUGUUGAGAGGUUCAGUUCUGAAGCACAAAGAUGCUAAAACAUAACGUGCAUGAAGACAUUGUGUGAUCAAGUUUAUUAAAAAGACAUUUCAACACGAUUAAAGUGCUAAAUAGAGAAUAAAAAGUUGGAUUUUAUGGAAAGAACACGUUACAGAUAUUCAAAAACACAUCAACCAAUGAAUCCACCUGGAUCCUACAGGUCUGGUUAGUCGGUAAACUGCUUCAUCUUCUGGCCUAAACUGGUCCAACAGUCAUCAAGCUUCCAGAGUUUCUCGCCGUCGUCCCGUUAUGAUCCGUUAAAGAACCCAUGUUCUGCCCUUUGGUUCCUCCGUUACUCCAAAGUGCCAGAAAGCUGCUUUUUUUUAUGCAAACUUACAAAGCUCCUCUCUGAAGGGAAAACUCAGCUCCUUACCGGCCUGAAACGUCUCGUUUGUCAUCCAGGUUUUCCUCCGUUACGCGUCGACAUCACAACGUGACACAUUAGCAUCAAUGCUGCUAGCAGCUAGCUCGGCCUCAAACAAAGAACGAGCGGUCGCUUUUGCUCCGCCUUUCUGCUUAUACUCAGAAAACCUGGAGUUACUAGCCGACAUUACCUGGCUCCGGUCGGACCAGUCGACCAAUCAGAGCAGCAGAGUGGGCUUUUUAAGGAGGGGGAGGGGCUUAAAGAGACAGGCGCUAAAACGGAGCGACAGGAAAACAGCUGCAGUGCUGUACAGAAUUAGGAAAAUCAUGCGUUUAUGAGCAUGAAAGCAUGUAAAUAUCAUCUAAUGGACCCAAAACAUACAAUUAUGAACCUGUACAUUUGCAGAAUAUGGGUUCUUUAAAAAAUUACUAAAAAGGAAGAGUUUGUACCCACAUACAAACUGGAAUAAUUCUACUGGAUUAAAUUCAAGUUUUGUAGUUUAAACACUGUUGUGACCGGACUUCAGCAGACCAGUAUAUCUGUGGGCGUAUCUUUUAUGUCAGCCAGUAACUACAAGACAGAAAUGCCGACGAUACGCCUGAGAUCAUUUCUAAACUCUAAACUAACGCAUCCAAAACGUGUCUUUGGGGUGUUUGACUCCCUCAAAUCUCGACAUGAGAAGCUGCAUCAGUCUGACUCAGUUGGUGAAGACGCUGCACAAACAUGGAACUCGAGUUCAAACCUGUAGCAUUAGCAUGUAGCAGAAAUAAGAAUUAAUCUGAUAGCGAAUAAGGUCACGGGAUCGGAGCUGAAUGACGGCGUUUGGUUUUUUUUUGCUCCGUUUGGCUGCUUCACUGUUCUCUGCUCAACACAACAACAUCACCGACAUGUUGGACGGCCUGAACGGAGGCCGGCUGAGGAAUCCACCUGGACGUUUUGUGUCUUAGCCUCCCUCGCCUGCAUGCUCUUUGCCUUCAGACUCAGCCUUAUGGAAACUGUUUACUUUAAACCAGUGCCAGCAGAUGACUUCUGUUCUUAUUUAUUUAACUUAAGUUCCUUCAAUGUGCUUGAAUUCUGGAAAUACUGUCGAUUUGUUUUGCACUUUUCUUCUCAUGUUUACAUUUGGUUCGGCCGAGCGUCGGUCUGAUUUAUCGACCCGUGUGUUGGUGCAACGCUGUAGAUUCUCCUCAUCCCUGUAUCUGCAUGUGCAUCCAUGUUUCGGGGGUAAACGUUUGGGGGGUUUCAUGUCACUGUCGUGUUUUUUGCUGCAAAACUCUCCAGAAGACGUCGCUCUGCAAGUGCUUCAUGUUCGGUUGAACCUGAAAUCCCACAAGGACCUGAUCAGCUGAUGGUCAGAGUCUCCUCUCUCUCUCCAAGUUCACACGUUGCAGGACGGAAAAAACAAACUGCAAAAGUCCGACUCCAUCUGUCUCAGUGUUCCUCGGCGUCUGAAGGUCGGAGGCCGAGCUUCGGGCGCCGCCUUCUGCUUGUAGACUGUAGAAACCACAUUGUCUGUCUCUUGGUGUCGUGUUUUGCUGAAACACUUGUGGAAACUCAUCAGACUGUAAAUAAGAGAGCCGGAUUAAAGGCGAAGUAAUAUAGAAGAAGAUGCUCUGUAAGGUUUAAGAAAAACAAAAGAUUCUUCUGAAUGUAUCAUAACUAGAGAUAAGAGGCUGUAUGACAAUGGACUACUGGUAAGAUUUCAUUAAAUAUAGCUGUGAUAUUUUCCUCUG